AUGCCAGAGCCAAAGCCAAAGCCAGUGCCCUAUCCUCGGGGACACACUAAUCCUAUCAGAUGGUGCAUGACCAUAAUUUGUGAGAUAUUAGCAAUGGCAGUGAUCAUAGCCGGGAUUGUGGUUUUCUUCGGUUACCUUGUCAUAAGGCCUAAGGUGCCUCAAAUAAGCGUAGCAAGUGCACAACUUGAGACACUAUAUUUUGAUCAAAUAAGUUUGCUGACUGUUCAAGUUUCAGUUGUGAUCAAGGCUGAGAACGACAAUGCCAAGGCUCAUUCGAGUUUCUAUGACAUGAGUUUCCUUCUUAGCUUUCAAGGGGUGAAAAUGGCUUAUCUGGUUGCUGAACCGUUUGAUGUAAAUGCGAAUAGUUCGGUCGAGUUCAACUAUGUACCUGAGCCGAGGACGAUCCCAUUGAAUCCCGAUGAUGCUGAAGGUGUUAGCAGGUCUUUGAGGGAGAGAAUAUUAACUUUUCAUCUUAAAGGGAGGACAAAAACUCGAUGGAUGGUAGGUCCAAUCGGUCCAGUUAAGAACCGGUUGCGUUUGGAUUGCCAACUCCAUUUACCAAUUGAUAGAACUACGAUAUUCCCAAGAUGUCGUUCGAGGUCGACAUAA